GCAACUUUUGACUCCCUAUCCUAAUGUCCAGACCCCUUCGCAUUAAUCCUCUUUCGUUCACAGUACCUCUCCCGUUGGGUUGGUGUUUACUUGUAGGAAGAGUGAAAAAUAAGAACAUGUCUGACGAAGUUUCGACUGAAAACACAAUUGUUUCUGAGCAGCAGGAAACGGAGGAACAAAAACCAGUUCCUGAAGAAGCUGCUCCAAUCGACACAAACGAAGGGGAAACUGUCCCAAGCACUGAAACUGUCCCAAGCACUGAAACUGCCCCAAGCACUGAAACAAAAGAGGAACCUAAAACUGAACCCAAACCUGAACCCGAACCUGAGUCGGAUGAUGAGGAAAUAGAGUAUGUUUGCCCACCAGAGUUUGAUGAGCGAGAGGAAAUGAGGAAAAUGUUUGUAGGUGGUCUUGAUAAGGAAACUCAGGACGAAGAUUUUAAGGCACUGUUCAGUACUUUUGGUGAAAUAAGUGAUUCUUUAGUAAUACGAAAAGAAAGUAAUAAAUCUGAUAGAUUAUUUGGUUUCAUUACAUUUUCUAAAUGCGACGAGUUGGAGGAGUGUUUAUUGGCAAGACCACAUAAAUAUAAGGAUAAAGAAUUAGAUGUUAAAAGGGCAGUUCCAAGAGGACAAGAUGAUUCCACUGGGCACUUUAAAGUUAAAAAGUUGCAUGUUGCAAAUGUCCCUGCAGAUUUUACAGAAAAACAACUUAAGAAAUACUUAAAAGCUAGACACCCUGCUAAGUAUGGUAACUUUGAACAAAUAAAUUUGUUGAAGGCAAAGGAUGAACAAGGAAAUCCUACCGAUAAAAACCGUGGAUUUGGUUUCAUAACAGUUUCCACAGAAGAUUUUGCAGAUCGUAUUGCUAUUGCUGAAACUAAAUUUACCCUUGAUGGUCAUAUGAUGCGUAUAAGCAAAGCGAAACCAAGAAAUCCUGAUGGUGCUGUUCAGGGUCGAUUUAGAGGUGGAAGGGGUGGUCAUUAUGGCCAAGGUGGAUGGGGUGACUGGACUGGUUAUGAUGGUUAUUAUGGUUAUGGUGGAUACGGCGGGUAUGGUGGGUAUGGUACAGGAUAUGAUUAUUAUGGAGCAGGAUAUGGUUAUGGGCCUGCAAGAAGUGGUCGAGGUGGUGGAAGAUUUCAGCCAUAUUAAAGGGGAAAAUACAACGGCUUAUACUUAGCGUCUUACCUCAUUGAAGUCGUACAAUUACUUAAGUGCAACGAGUCAAGAGUUCGAACUGCUUUAUCACUAACUUCUGGGACUAGUCGCUCAAUUCGAAUCUUGAAAGUCGUUAAAUUAUCUUGCUCUGAAAGCCAGUGGUUAUACAAAUAGCUGUGAAAGGAAUCUCAAAUAGCGAAAAAUAAUUUAGUGGAAAAAGACCGUAAUGAAGUGUGAUUUGUUAAAAGUUUUUUUUACUUUAUAAUAUAGCUUAAAUGUGGUAAGAAUAAAACACUCGAAAGUUACAA